AAGAUAUCCAACACAAUAGUACCAAACAGAUGAUAGCUAAUCCCAUGACUAAGGGUUUGUUAGGAUCAUAUGGGUCUAAUGGGAAUUUGUGGUAUAUAUAUAUAUAUGUUGAAACCAAGAACCUUGAAUGAUUUUGGUCAUUUAUAAAGCAAAUAAUUUAUGUGAAAGGUUUUUACAUUGUAAUACUUGGAAGAAGUUUUCUAUUAAUGAUUGUCUUCACCGAGAUUCAUGUUUUGAAAAUUUUCAAAUUGUAUUAUUUACAUAAAAUAUCACUAUUUUAAAUUUUAGAUGUGUCAUAUAGACUAAGUGGGAAAAUGAUGAAAUUAUCUCUUAAAGUGUGGUUCAUAUGUCACAUCAUUAAACUAAAUAAAAUUUAAUUAAUUAAUUUAAAUAAUUAAUUGGGAACUGGAGAGAUUUUCUCCAACUAAAAGUCAUGUUUUUAGACUUUUGGGUUUUUUAAAACACACUUUCUUGAGUGUAGGAAAUUGUUGACAACAGUUUAAAAGAUUGGUCCCUAGUCUAAUUUAUAAUAAUGCCUGUGUUUUUUCUAUCAGAUCAUCGGCUUCUAGUAUUCUAAAGGCAAGAGACUAAAAGUGCUCAUCUUUUCCUAAUCAUGUUUUUCACUUAAUCUCAAAACACCAACCUAAUUUCCUCCUCAAAAUUACAUUGUACAUUCAUCAUCUUGCCCAAAGCUCUUACUUUUGCUUAACCUUUGAUCUUCUUGUAGAAAGUUUUAUUGAUAUAUUGUGGAAUUGCACGGAACAAGAGUUUUGCAUGAUCUACUUAGCUAGAUUUCAUAAUUUUGUGAUUUGAACAACAAUAGUAGGAGGUUAGUAAAGUUUAAUUCCGCUAUAUUUGAAUGUAUUUCUAUCAUAGAUCGCUAAAACUUUUCCUUUUUGAUAGAAGUGGGAUGAAUUCGAACUUCGUGAGGAGGGAGUCAUGGGAGAACAUGUAUCUUUAUAUCUUCAGGUGGAUCUUAUGCAAACAUGGAUGGAGCUAGAUGUAUAUUAAUACUGUUUUAGAAGUUCAGGUGUAAGCUUUCUAAUUUUUUAAGGCAAACUUGAAAUUGUAUAGAAAUGCUAAGUUCAAUUAUUAU